UAUGUAUGUAUACAUUAAGUUUGUCAAACAAAAUUACAAUUGGUUAAGGUUACUUUAAGUAAACAGGUGAAGGUUGGUAAUACAAGUCAAGAAAAUUAAGUGUUAAUGAAACUAGGUUGGUAACAAAGGUGAUGAGUUGUCACAAACAGUUAUUAAAAGAAGUUAUGUAAUAAUAAUAUGAAUAGUUUGAUGAGUGAGUUUUACUCAGGAUGCACAUAGAAACAAAGUAGAUAAUACGAAAUUAUGUAAGAGUUCUAAAUGAAUACAAGAAUUAUAAGCAAUUACAGAACAGGCAAAAAAAAAAAAUUAAGUCAUCAAAAUAAAAAAAACUCAAAACAAAUCAAAACAUUGUUACCAUGAGAGUAGAAGUGGUUGAGUAAUCUUCUUUUAUAUACACAACUCCGGUUUUUCUAUGUGAAUGGCCAGAGCUUCAGCAAUACAAAGAAGACGAAACCGUAUUGCCUUUGAUAGGUUAUUCUUGACUCUGUAGAUUACUUUGAAGGAGGCGUCUGUUGAAAUGGAAUGAUCAGUGUUAACCAGGUGUUCAGUUAUCGCACUCCUUAUAGUAUCACUAUUGCCUUUUCGCAACCAUGCUGGAUAGUCUUCUUAAAUCCUCUUGGACAGGAUGCGCGUCGAACGACCGAUGUACCUGGCUCCACAGCAGCAGGUGAACUGGUAUAUGCACAUAGAAGUGGCCAGAUGCGGGAUCUUGUCCUUGAGGCUUCUGCAGAUCAGUGGGCGACUGGAGAACACUAUUCUUAGCGUUGCUGCAAAGAAUGUUCUUCUCAGAGAUGAUGUGAUCCUUCUCUUGAGAAUAUCGCUUGCUAAAUCUCCCUUGAAAUCCAAAUUCAUGUAGAGUUUCUUUUUAGGCGCAAUUAAAGUUUCGUUUCUCCGAAUUAUUGGUUUGAUAUUUUUGUCGAUGAAUCUUAUUGGGUAUCCAUUUUAGAUGAAAAUUUCUCUUAGAAUAUCUAAUUCUGUUUCCAGAACAUCGGGACUAUAGAUGCGUCGGACACUAAAUUAUACCGUUUUUCACUGAAGAUGUCACUUACCGUGUAGUCAGAUUCUUAUUGGCACUCAACUCACUGGCAUCUUCUCUGAUGUCUUACAACCAUGAAUUCAUUGUUUAUGUGGAAUAGGCUGUUUGCUUCACUUGUCUUUUGGGCUAUUCAGUCAUUCAUAAACACCGAGUAGUUAUUAAGUGAAGGGCUAUUUCCUUUAGGUUAACAAAGAUACCUCAGACAUUUCUUCCAGGAGUGCUUUACAACAGCAUACAGCAGUGGCUUUUAUAUCCCAAACAGCGCAGUAUGUUGAAAGGUCAGCUACACCCAUCGAGUCACCUUUUCAUCAAUUGGUAACCGGGCCCUACGUUGCUUACCUUUGGUGAUUGGAAAAGAGCCGGUGUUUUCAACUUAAUAUGGCUGCUAUGAAUGCUUACUGCUUUCAAGAUGACAAGGUUUUGAACACAAUUUAUUGUGGUUCAUAAUCAUAUAAAUUAUAAUCAUACCACUUUGAAGCCUGAGUUCUAUAGUUUCCUUUGCUUUUUUAUAUUUGUCUUAGGAGUAGUAGAGUUUUCCAGAUGCCUGGGGCAGGUGUCGAAUUCCUCCCAUUACACGUGUUUGCAUUUAAUUUGAUAAAUACAGCUUCCAUUAUGAAUCCUUCCCAUCCUAUUGUAUGGUGGUGUGUAACUGCGUUUAAUGCCGUCCCAUAUAUCUGGAAAAUUCGACUACCCUACAACAGAUAGCAGAGAAUAAAGAAAACUACAUAACUCAAUUUUCCAAGUCUUGUUAUUUUCAUGUAUAUGAUAAUAAUAAUAAUUAUUUACCUUAUUCCAAAAACAGUACUUGCGAUACAGAAUGGAAUUGUCAGCAUUAAAUUAUAACUUAUGAAUAAAAAUAUUCACACAGAAAAUUUUCCAUGUUUACAGUAGGGGUAAUGUCGAAAACAUGCAGCAUAUAAAAUGGAAAUAAUAAUAAUGAUAACAGCUAAGGUAAUGAUAAUAAUACAAGCGAAAAUUACCAUGGGCUUGUUUCACACAGUAUUGUCGAUGCGGUAUAGAAAUCCUAGCAUGUUUAAAAAUAUUGAAUAUAAUGUUCUGUUUACAUGAUAUGGUCAUAGAGAUAAGUUGGUGUUUGCAAUUCUGAGAGUAAAAAACAGAGAAGUAACAGGACCAUAAAUAUAAUACAAAUAAUAAAAGUAAAACUUGAAGGUAUAUAAGGAUGGAUGGAGGAAAUUGUUUAUUUACCAGAUGAAAAAAGGUUAGUUAAUUCUUGCCUGACACUAUUUUCAUCACAUAAAAUACGUGCCAAGUAUGGUAUCAUAGAAUUUUUAUACUUAGACGUGCGAGCAUACAGUUUUCUUCUUGUUCUACCUGAGGAGAUACAAAGUGAAAGCUGAGGGUAAAGUGGAUGCUCCAAGUCAGACAAAUCCCUUUAGCAAAUUUAUUGCACGAAGUCAAGUGCCUAUCAACAACGAUGUUAGCUAUGUGGUCCACUGGGACACCACUCACACUACUGACAGUCUUCACAGUCUUCACCACAAUAGAUUGUACUCGAAAACUUGUCAUCCAUUAAAUGAUACUGUUUCACUCACUUUGUGAUAUAUAUAAUGAACAAAUAAUUGUAGACGUAAACGGAUUUAAUUCUGCCUAAUUCAGUGACUACCUCGAUCCCCAGGAGUUGCACACAGGUAAACGCUCCGUAUCACCCUCCUUUUAACGAGAAGACUUAAAAUUGCAGGAGUUAGCCAGCCUAAACAUAACUCCGAAUUCUAAAAGGAGGUUAGUAAAAGCCUGCCAUGAACCAUCUCAGGGUGCAAGUAGUAGAAUGGUUAUUCUUAGAGUCACCCCUGAAAAACUGUUUGGCGUUAUACACACUAUGAGCUGAAUCCUGGACUUAAACAAUGAACGAAUUUUGUAACACAAUAACGGAAAAUUUCGAAAUGGAAAUUUCGCCCUACACUCAAGAUACUGGCUGGAAACGCUUUUCCAAUCCAUGUGGGAUUACAACGAACACUGUUCCAAUCCUGAAGUGACGUAAGUCAUCACUAUAUGUCUACCCACAUGUCUCCCGAAUAGCGUUAAAAGUACAAGGAUGAGUGUAUUUCUCGGUAGGGCCAGCACAACGUCUUCGACAUUAGCCUAACAUUGUAUUGGGCAUUUCUUAAACACGAUCGCAUAUUCCCAGUAAGUAAGAAGUAUGUUCUACAACAGAUAAAUGUGGAAUCAUACGACAAAUUUCUCUCUCUCAUCUCCUUCAUAAUACUGCAUAUCUAAUAAAUUCUAUUUACAUCGGCAGCCGAGUCAAAACUCGGCGACUCGUCGGUUUAGAGAGGAAAGAGAUCUAAAUAAUGUGGUCAAAAUACCUGUUUUAGCCUUAAAAGCCUCUACAGUUCCGUCCCCUUCCUCUCCCAAAUUAAUCAAAGUGAAUUUCGAAAGAUAGACGGGAUUCCCGGUGCCAUCUGAAUGCACAGUCAAUUUUGAUAUCAGUGACUAAUUGUUACAUCUAAUAAAGUAUCUGAGUAAGACUGCAGUCACCAAAAUGUAUGUCUGGGGAGAAUUCUUGCACUUACUACUGAUCUGUAGGUGCAAAUCUUUUUAUCAGAGCAGCUUUGAAUCGAUCGUGAAGUUCUGAAGAGGGACUUCAGUUACCUCACACCCAUACUCGAUAAUAUUUUCAGGAAGCCUCAAAAUAACAAAGUUAGACCUAAUUUCAUGUGAGUGAUUAAGACAGAGGGCAAAACACGUUUCCACUUGAGAGGACCCUGCGAACGGUCGAUGUGUCCAGAAAUUGUUGUCAUAACUACAGCCUACACAAGAAAUUCGAUUUCAGCAUUCUAUGUGGUAAGUCAUGAUGAAAAAAAUACAUUUAAAUAUGACAAUUAAAGAAUUACACAGGGGCUAACACAAAUGAGAAUAUAGAAACAAUCUGCCGUGCUAAAGCAAAGCAAACUUCAAGCAAUAAAUUUUUAAAAGUGUUUCACACAACCGCUUCCCUUUAUUAGUUUGAAGAGAGAAAGAACGAACAUGUUUGCAGGAUAAUAUGAGCUCUUUUUAUUUUGUGGAUACUCAUCAACUGCAUAUAUCCUAAACAAAAUCAAAUUUUAAGUUUCAGAAAAGUUUUGGAACAUACUUUUUCAUAAAAGUGUGUUUAAACUGAGCUGCAGAUAUGGCACAGAUUCAUCAUUUGGAAAUGUCAGGUUAUGUGCUUAGUAUCUCACGCUAUAGAAACAAGCCUUACUAGAUAAAAUGUGCUAAUGUCACAAUUUAAUCUGUACUUUAUCAAACCUGCAAAUGCUGGUAACAACAUUUGAGUUAAAAAGGUUUGGCUUUUUGAAAGAAAAAUGUUCUACAGAACGACAUGUUUAGAAGACUGAACGUCACAAUAACGUCGAGAGAAGCUUUUAGGAACUUGUCUAACCAGUGUGGCUGAACUAUGAAGUAUAAGGUUGUAUAUGCUACUAGAUUGAAGAAAAGUGUAGAACAGCGUCCAAGCUUAGUCGGAAAAACACAUCAAAAGAAAAAUUUAUAAACCUAAAGCACCCACGAGUGGCGCAGAAGUUUUCCAUAGUCAUAAUUUAACUCAUGCAGUUUUAGCCCUAUUUUUAUUCUGAUUCAGUGAAAGAUGCAUCAAGACUGGCCUUCACUAGGAAGCAGACACUUUAUGCAGUUACUUCGUAGUUCGCUGAAAUAAAGUGAUUCCGUGGAAGUUGGAUGAUGAAUGUCUGACACAUAUAUACACAGAACACGCGUAUUUCAAGUUGGAAAUUGAUAUAUGAGAAUGCUUACUGACUCGUCUUCAAUCUUCAUAACAUUUGUAUUUCCCAAAAAAUAAUUUACAAAAAUCAUCAUAAUUAUCUAAAUACCAUAAUACACAACCAACAAACAAACCAUUAGGUGAUAGGCUGAUUUGGUUGGAUGAUAUUUUUCUCAUCAGAUGGCCAAUGAGUUCAAAAUCCAAUUCAGAAUCAGUAUAAAACUUGCUGAGAUACGAGUGAGAAAUACACUGCUGAUAGACAAAAAGAAAUCAUGAUAUCUUAUUCUGCGUUGUUUGUGGUUUUAUUACUCUUCAGUAAUGCAAGUCGGUUCACUCUGGCUAUAGUCCCAGUACCAACAGUUUACAACAGAGCUUCAACAGCCUGCAACCUAUUGCAUACGCUUACCUACGAACACAACUAUCCAACAUGCUUUAUACUCACAGAUUGCCUGAAAAGAUUUCGACUUCGUCUAGCAACACAACAUCCACCAAUUCCACAGGAAAGUAAAGAGAAAUGUAACAUAAACAAAGUGAAAAUUGAAAUCAUCGAUGGAUGUGAUGAAAAUUCAAAUAAACUGUGGCCAGGUCAUAUGAUGAAUGAAUCAUAUACCGUGAACAUUAAAGAUACAGAAAUCUCUAUAAGUUCCAAAGAGGUUUGGGGUGCACUACGUGCCCUUGAAACUGUACUUCAGAUGGUGUACAAAGAUGAAUUCGGAGGGAAUAUGAUUUUUAAGGGUUCUGUGGAAGAUUCCCCAUUAUUCUUACAUCGUGGAAUUCUCUUAGAUACCGGAAGGAACUUCAUGCCAGUUGAAACUCUACGGAAGAUAAUAGAUAGCAUGGCUAUGGUUAAAAUGAAUGUACUUCACUGGCAUAUCACAGAUGACCAAUCGUUUCCCUUUGUUUCAACCACCUACCCAGAACUGUCAGACAAGGGUGCAUAUCAUCCACAGAUAUGUACAUAUGAUGAAAUAGAAGUGACUGAUCUAUUGGAGUUCGCUCGUCUCCGUGGAGUUCGGAUAAUUCCAGAGUUUGAUACUCCAGCACAUACACUGUCAUGGGGAAAGGCAUAUCCAGACUUACUAACAAAAUGUUAUGAAGGCUCUGAUCCAACUGGACAAUUGGGUCCACUGAAUCCAGCCAAUGAUUCUACAUUUGACUUUUUGAAGAAUUUGUUUACAGAAGUCACCAGCCGAUUUCAUGAUAAUUAUAUUCAUCUUGGAGGCAAUGAGAUAAAUGUUGCCUGUUGGAAUUCGAAUCCAGAAAUAGUUGAAUUCAUGCAAAAAAUGGGAUUUUCUGGUAAAACUUCCCAAUUAGUGAACUAUUACACGUCGAAAGUUGUGGAAACUGUGAAAAGUAUUGGUGACCCAAAAGCCGCCAUUACACCUAUUUUAUAUCAAGAGGUUUUAGAUCACGGAUAUCAGGGUGAUGAAAAUACAGUUAUUCAUGUUUGGAAAACCUCAGACUGGAAAGGAUAUACCAAAAAGGCUACCAAAAAAAAAUUCAAUGUCAUAGUUUCUGGUGAUUGGAAUUUAAAUGAUCUAGGUGAUGAAAAUGAUUGGAUGAAAUACUACAGACAAAAUAUCAUAGAUUUUGGAGGUUCAGUGCAGGAUGCAUCAUUAGUCAUUGGUGGUGAAGCUACAAUGUGGAGCACACGUGUGGAUGAGACCAAUGUGAUCACUCUAGCAUGGUAAGUGCCGUGCAAUCAGCUUUUGUCCACUUAACAAAAUGGUUUAAGUAGAAUUAGGUGGGAGUGAACCAAGUGUAUAUGGUGAUUUUUGGAGUCGACAAGACAACUGGGUGAAAAUGUCCCUUGGAGCAGAAAAUUACAAAGUAGCCCAGUGCUAAGUCUCUGCUAGAAUACGAACAUUCAAUGACAUCCUUUCAGGUUCAGAUGAUAUAGGAUGGACAGAUCGAUGGGACUCCAUUGUUAGCCAAUCAUCGAGCAAAUAUCAGUACUUCUAUGACUGUUUUCAACCUAUCGCAUAUUUUAACAGUCACUAUUUUUGAAUGUUAACUACUAAGGGUGGAGUUGACGGUCCUAUUGAUUUCGAAAUCAAAUGACCAUUACUGAAUUUUCAGGCUAGUUUGACGCUGGCAUCUCUUAGCGUUAUAUUUUUUCAUCAACGAAUGGCACAUCUGGCCAAAUGUCAAAUGAGACGCCUUCGUAUAUACUACAUAGGCGAGACUCAUACAAGAAAUGAUGCAAGGAGACAUCCAGUUUGUGACAGACUGAUUUUUGAAGAGCUUGAUAAAAAGCCCAGAGGUGCUGCUGUAGCUGAAAGAUUAUGGUCGAGAAGCCCUGAGACAAAUGAAAAAUUCUCACAACGAUUGGGUGAACUUCGAUGCAGAAUGCUCUAUAACAACAUAGAAGCCCAUCCAGUCAAUGGUCCAGGUUUCUGCCCAGUUUAAAUUUUGAGAACAUGAACAGACUGGAGAAAGUGAAUGAAGAUUGUUAAUUACUUUUUUGUGUAUUAGAUUUUUAUUGAUUUCUAUUUUAUUAAAAUGAAAUUUCAAAAUAUUUUUAUUAUCCACUGAAAUACACUCUUUUGAAAGAAGUAACUUUUUGCUUUCUGGGUACAGGCUUUGCGAGUUUGCUUUUUACAGCAAAAUGGAUCUUAUCUCAGUACAGCAUUUGUUAGUUGGCGUUGUAUGAAUGAACAUUUAUCAUUGGUCAAUGUAUUCCAUGUCUGACUCACAGCUUCAAUGUCACAGCUUCAUUCGGU